ACCCAGAUUGAAUGGACGGCAGAGAAGCGAAAAGGGCAACGAAUCCUCAAAAAACUACUAAAGAAACAGUUAAAGAAAUAAUAAAGAAAUGCUAGUAGUAGGAAAAGAAACAGUAGGUGAUUUUUUUGUUUUCUCUUUAAUAAUGGGUAUAGAGAAGAGAGUAGUGGUUGGGUUGUGUCGUGGUAUUGGUCUUUAUUUUCAGUUGGCGCCAAACUGGAUUGAACCAAGAAAUGGGCAGGUAAAGUCUAUCCACAUCUCUCACUCGCUGUGCCGCCUGCUGCUUAUAUUCUAACUCACCAGGUGUCGGUUGUUGUCCACAUAAAUUCACUCUUACCUCUUCAUUUCCACUCAUUUUCACACAAUUUCUGCUGAACUCUCUUUCUGGGUGCCUGCAAAAAGUUUCAUUUCCUUCCCAAAACGUCUGCAUACGAUUUGGUUCUGGUUUGAUGUGGGUUGUGGGUUUUGGGUUUUGCUACUUAUGGGGUAGUUUGUGGAUUGAGUUUAGAGCAUUUUUGUCAUCUGUUUUACUUCAAGGACUUGCUUGUCUUAAGCUGAACUGAAGUUCAUGGGUGUCAGAGAUGCAAAUUGUUUAAUGGGCUAUGGCCAGCCACCAUGGAUAUUCAAAGGCAGUGCCUUGUACCAACUACAUCUUGUAAAAGCUGAAACUGCUCGAGCAUUCAUUCCUAAGGAGCUCAAAUUAGUUGAAGCUUUUGGAUACACUCUAGGUGGUUUUUUCCUUGCUAAAUACGAGGACAGUCCAGUUGGGGUCUUUGAUGAGCUUGUGGUGAUAGCAGGACUUGUUUGGGAUCCUCCCACGUCUUGUGCGUAUGUUUUCCAUCCCCUAUCUUCUUGUAUUGUUUAAUAGUAAACAAUUGUGGUAUGAGGAAAUUGCACUCUUCCAAAGUCAGGCCACUACUCAGAAUUUCUGAGUUUUCAUGUAUCAAUUCAGUGAAGGUGGCUUGAGAUAGGAAAAGUGACUAACUUAUACAAAUUAGCUGGAUACUGGAUAUUCUUGAAAAACUUCGGGAGCCAUAUGUAGGGUCCGUUCAACCUUACAACUUGCAUGAUGACAUAUAUACACAUACAUAUAAACUUACAACUUGCAUUAUAUUACUGUUUAUUAAAUUAUAGUACCAAUCCUAUUACUAUUUUGUUAAAAUACACCGCCAAUUGAAUCGUACUUUUAACAUAAAUUCACAUUCCCUAUGGUGUUUAGUAUCUCAGCCACGUUGUUACCAUAAAAAACUAAGUAUGUCACCCAAGUGGCCAGAACUGCUGGUCAAGUUGCCAUUGUCUGACAUGUCAGAUUAAUGCAUCAAGAAUUAUAAUUUAAGUCCCUCUGAAGCAAUUGAGUUUCCAUUUGGUGCGCUAAAUGCUCUAUUCAUAUUUAAGCAACUUGCUUUCAAUGACAUCAACUAUUUAUACGGUAAGGUUAAAGCCCACCUAAAUCAUAAUUUCCAUUUGGUGGGCCUAAAUGCUUUGUUAUUGUUCAAUAUUUGACAAUCUGAGCAACUUGCUUUUAAUAUCAUCAACUAUCUAUGGAAAAGUAAAAAUUGUUUUACAAC